AUGGGAACCUCGACACUUGCAGCUUCGAGGAUUGGAACCUCGACAUUGGUGCGCUUGGCAAGCUCACUGCAUUUGGCUCAAGCGACUAUUUCUGAUUACCUAGUGCGGAGUGGUGCGCUGGGCGGCGGGCUGACUGCUGCGCUUGGGGGGCUGGCCUUCUCUUGCCCGGCUCCUCUUUGUCAGGCGGCGGGGGGCUGCCCCUCUCCGCAUCUUUGGGUCGGAGUUGGCCGGACUUCCUCGCGUGGUCGGUUGCUGCUGCCUGGCACAUCGCUACCAGCAGCCCCAGCGGUGGCCAUCGACUGCGGAGCUUCGCGGGCUGGCUCCUGCUUGCCCAGCUCUUCUACGUCAGGCGGCGGGGGGCCGCCCCUCUCCGCAUCCCGGGCCGGCAGUUGCUGGCCUGCUUUGCUCUGCGGUCAUUGGCUGCUGCUGACGUGCCAUGGCCCACGGUGGGCGGAGCACCUCGGCUGGGCUGGGCUGGCCCCAUGUCUUUGGACCUCUGGUGCGCUGGCUUGGCCUAGCUUGGGUGCUUUGCACUCUGUGGCGGUGCCUCCACCUCCACCAGCACCUGCAGAGCUCAAGUGCCUGAACCAACGCCAAACGGAAGGCGUUGACACAGACUUUGAAUGGCCAACCGUCUCCGAGCGGUGUUGUUUGGGACCCCCUUCUGCCUUGGAAACCACUGGGCACAGCUCGCCUACAAAAACACAGGGGGCGACUGUUGCCCCACACACGGCCCACACACACCCGAUGGAGCGGGCCCAGAACCCCGGCCCCCCUAUGCCUGGAACGCCUGUAGGCAGUGAGCGUCCUCCACGCGAGCGCUCGCCCCGUGCAAGUGCUGCCCAGCCGUCACGUGUCUUCUGCCCGGUGCCCAGCUGCCCUUGCUCAGACCCAGCCCGCGCCCGCGGGUGGGCGAGUUGGAAUUCCAUGCGCCACCACGUCGACGCUCACCUGGCCGGCACAUUGCAAGGGGAGGUGCCCGUCUCUUGGCUGCGGUCGCAGAACCGGACGGGCUGCCCAGUGUGUGGCCUCAGUGUUUCUCAAAGCCACGGCGUCCACCCGACCUGUCGCCCAGAGGCGAGGGCUGCAGCUGUUGACCACGCUGCGCCCAUGGACACUGACAGCUUGCAGCUCCCUGACUUGACUGCUAUCCAGGCGGCCAGCGUUGCAACUUUGCGACAUGUUCCCAGCGCUGCCCGCCACACUUGGAGCCAAGUUCUCAUCAGGGCCUUGUCAAGCGUCGUGCACCACAAUGAUGACAAAGCUUGGCGGGAGCUCCUUAUGCUCCCGAAGUGUGUGCUUUGUGCCCCUGCCCGAGGGGGGCGACAACACAGGAAGGCUGUUGCGGCCUAUACCUUGGACCGCUUGCACCGAUGGCAAGAGGGGGAGCGCCUCUCGUUGUGGGAAUCUUGCCCCGCUACCCGUGCCGGCCCCAGCCCCGGCCCCCCCUCGCCUGAAAAGCGGCGAGCCUUGGCGAUAAGCCUGGCCCGUGAAGGGUUUGAUCGUAAAGCCUGUGCUGCUCUGUUGUCCAAUGGGCUGUGUGCUCCAACCUCCGCGACAGCCACUGCUCUCCGAGCCCUCCACCCCAACGGGCCGGACCCCCAAGUGCCUGCUAUGACCGAGUUGCCGCUGGCUCCCGAGCUUGCGCCUGACCUGGUGGCGCGUUGCUUGCGCGCUUUUCCUGCAGAAACGGCUGCGGGCCCCACUGGGCUGCGGGUCCGACACCUGCAAGGAGCAUGUGUUGCUGGGAGCAGCGAUGCCUUCACCAGCCAACUUGCUGCCGUCCUCACCUUGCUUGCGCAAGGCAGGGCCCCAGAGUUUGUGGCCCCUGUCCUGGCGGGUGCUGGCCUCGUUGCCCUUCCCAAGCCUCAUGGGGGGGUUGCCGUCAAACUGGACUUCAGCAAUGCCUUCAAUACAGUCAGCCGCGAAGCAGUUCUUUCAGCUGCCGGGAGCCACUUCCCCUUGUUGAGCCGCUGGGCAACUUGGUGCUACCGGCAGCCAACUCGGCUGCAGUUUGGCGAUUGGGUGGUUGACUCCAGGAGUGGGGUGCAACAAGGCGACCCCUUGGGCCCGCUUCUCUUUGCUUCAGCUUUGCAGCCGCUUGCCCACGAGCUCCGUCACAUGGGUUUGGACAUUGCCGUCCACUACCUGGACGACGGCUUUCUUGGUGGCGACAUCGAGGCAGUCGGUCGUGCCUUUCGCACGGUGGAAACAAAAGCCGCCGCCCUUGGCCUCUGCUUGAACUUAAGCAAGUGCGAGCUUAUCGCCGUUGGCUCCGCUGACAUUGCCGCCCUGCAUUGCCACUUCCCUGACGCACUGCUACGGGAUGAAGCCGGCACCUGCAGAGCCCGCCGCCACUUCGAAUUCUUGGGUGCGGCGGUGGGCGACAGCGGUUUUGUUCGAAACCACACAGCCGACAGGGCGGCCAAAGCCGGCGACCUUUUGGACGCUCUGGGGGAGCUUGAAGACCCCCAAGUUGCCCUUCGCCUUCUACGGGCCAGUGCUGGGUUUGCCCGUAUGCUCCACAGCAUGCGUUGCAAUCCCACCGCUGCCCAAACUAUGGCGUUGGACAUGUUUGAUGGCAUGGUGAAGCGCAGCUUCAGCGACUUCACCGGGCUUCAACUUACUGCUCUGCAGUGGAAGCAGGCGGCUUUGGGGCUAGCUCACGGGGGCCUGGGCCUUCGCUCCACCUCCGACCAUGCAGCGGCUGCCUUCUUGACAUCGUGGGCUUCCACCUUAGAUGCGGCCCAGGAGCUUGACGCCAGCUUCUCCUUGCCAGAGGCCAGAGCUGGCACUGACGUGCUUGCCGCCCUCACUGCUUUCAAUGCCCAGCUCGCCCCUGCUGACGCCAUCACCUUGGACACCGCGGUUGCCAGCACUCAGAAGACCUUGUCCCAGAAGUUAGACCAGGCAGGAUGGGAUGAGCAGCUGGCGCACGCCACAGUGACUGGCCGAGCCACUCUUCUCUCGGAAGCAUCCAUUGGCGGGCGCGCCUUCUUGAAUGCCGUGCCUGCUGGCCGCACGCGCGAACGCACUCAGCGACACCAUGCGGUGCGGGACUUGGUUCACAGCUGGGCGCAACGGGCCGGGCUUCGCCCUGAACGCGAGAAGGCUGGCUUGCUCCUGCCCAGCAACCCGGAAGAAACCGGACAAGCCAAUCGAAGGCCAGCCGAUGUGUACCUGCCCGCCUUUGCCGGGUCUCCUGUUGCCUUAGAUUUCGCCAUCACGGCGCCACAGCGACAGGAGACCUUGGCUCAGGCGAGUCGGCACACUGGGGCUGCAGCCGCUGCUUAUGCUCAGCACAAAGAACUCCACUUGGACACCGCUCAAGCGUGCGCGGCGCAAGGGGUCAAGUUCAUGCCCAUGGUGGCUGAAUGCACUGGCGCAUGGGCGCCAGAGGCCCUGAAGGUGCUGAAGCAUGUUGCCCACGCGGCGGCUCCGCACUCGGGUGAGGAGCCCGCAGUCUGCUAUGGCCUCCUCCUGCAGGAGCUGGCCGUUGCGAUCCGCACUUUCCGCGCACGGGCCUCUCUUCGCCGUCGUUUCCAAGCUCUCUGA